AUGUCGAGACUCGUCACCACACUGUCAGGCGCGGGCAUGGCGCUCCGGAACCUGUUUUCGACGGGCGCGUCGUACCGACUGCUGCCCCAGGACGCUGCCCAGGAUGCUGAACAGGACGCUUCCCAGGCUGCCCAGGCUGCCCAGGACCCUGACGGGCCGCACCACACACCACACGACAUGCAGUGCGACAGACACGGCAGGCCUACGGACGGCGGGCACGACGGGCGAGACAGGCGCGAUGCGGCGGCGCUGAUGCUCAUCAGGCUGGGCCGCUCGCCGGACGAGCGCGUCACCGUGUCGGCGGCCGACGACGCGCGCAUCCUCCGGCGCAUCGACGUGGCGCUGCUGCCGCUCAUGCUGUCCGUCUACUUCCUCCAGGCGCUCGACAAGGCGACGCUGUCGUACGCGUCCAUCUUUGGCCUCAUCGACGACACGCACCUCGUGGGCGACCAGUUCUCGUGGCUCGGCAGCAUCGUGUCGGUGGCGCAGCUGGCCAUGCAGCUGCCCAUCGCGCUCGCCCUCGUCAAGCUGCCCAUCGGCAAGUUCACGAGCGCCAUGGUGCUGCUGUGGGGGCUCACGCUGGCGGGCAUGGCGUGGGCGCGCGACUUUGGCCAGCUCAUGGCCGCGCGCUUCCUGCUCGGCGCCUUCGAGGCGAGCGUCGGGCCGAGCUUCGUGGCCAUUACGCAGAUGUGGUGGAGGAGGAGGGAGCAGACGCUGCGGAUCGGCUCGUGGUACUGCAUGAACGGGCUUACCUGGGUCGUCGGCAGCCUCUUGACGUACGGGCUCGCGAGCAUCGAGUCGCACAUGCGGCCGUACCAGAUCAUCUUCCUCUUCUUCGGCGUCGUCACCGUCGCCGUCGCCGGGGCCAUGUUCCUGUGGAUGCCCGACUCGCCGACCGAGGCGCGGUUCCUCAGCGACGACGACAAGGUGCUCGCGAUCGAACGCCUGCGCGACAACCAGAUGGGCGUCAUGUCGCGGGAAUGGCGGCGCGCGCACUUUGUCGAGGCGCUGCGCGACGCCAAGACGUGGCUGUGGUUCGCCACCGUCUUUUGCAUCUCGGUGCCGUCCAACGGCAUCUCGACGUUUGGCCCGCUCAUCAUCCAGUCGUUUGUGUCGGACCCCUUCCGCACCAUGCUCUUCAACGUGCCCGUCGGCGUGUCGCACGUCGUCGCCGUCUCCGCGAGCGCGUACGUGGCCAUGAGGUGGAAGCGCAAGGGGCCCGUCAUCGCGCUGCUGUGCGUGCCGCCGAUGGUCGGGCUGGCCGUACUGCUGCGCUACCCCCACGACGCGGCGCACCGCGGCGUCCUGCUGGCGGGCUACUUUUGCCUGUCGACGUUUACCGGGAUCACGCCCCUGAUAUACUCGUGGUCGGCCCAGAACACGGCCGGCGACACCAAGCGCAAGACGACGUCGGCGCUCGUCUUCAUCGGCUCGUCGGCGGGCAACAUUGUCGGCCCGCUGCUCUUCACGCCCGACGAGGCGCCGGCGUACUCGCGCGGCAUCCGCGCCAACCUGGCCCUCUUCGCCGCCGUCGUGGCCCUGGUCGGCCUCACGUCGCUGCACCUGCGGCGGCUCAACCGCGCGCACGGCCGCCGGCGGGUGGCGCUGGGCAAGAGCGCCGACGUGGCGGACCCGAGCCUCGAGACGGCCGCGGACGCGGAGCGCAUGGGCGGGCCCAAGGGGGCCAAGGCGUUUGCGGACGCGACGGACCUGGAGAAUGAAGACUUUGUGUUUGUGUAUUGA